UCCCCGGCACAUUCUCCAGAAUGGACGCUGCCGACAUCACUGUGGUUAUCAUCUACUUCGUCGUCGUCAUGGGGGUUGGACUCUGGUCAUCGCUGCGCGUGAAUCGCAAUACUGUCAGUGGAUACUUCCUGGCUGGUCGUUCCAUGAGCUGGUGGCCUAUUGGAGCCUCUCUGGUGGCCAGUAAUGUUGGCAGUAGUCUGUUUAUCGGACUGGCCGGAACAGGAGCAGCAGGGGGCAUCGCAGUGGCAGGAUUUGAAUGGAACGCAGCCUGGGUGCUGGUGGCUCUGGGAUGGAUCUUUGUUCCAGUCUACAUCGCUGCUGGUGUGGUGACCAUGCCGGAAUACCUUGGCAAACGCUUUGGAGGCCAGCGAAUACGCAUAUAUAUGUCCAUUAUGUCACUCAUCCUCUAUAUUUUUGUCAGAAUAUCUGUAGACAUCUACUCAGGAGCUCUGUUUAUUCAGGUGUCACUGGGUUGGGAUCUGUAUCUGUCCACAGGAAUACUGCUGGUAAUCACCGCCGCUUACACGGUGACAGGGGGUUUGACAGCCGUCAUUUACACUGAUGCACUCCAGACUGUUAUCAUAGUGUGUGGGGCCUGUGCUUUAAUGUUCAUAGCAUUUGCAAAGAUUGGUUGGUAUGAAGGACUUGUGGAGCGAUACAUGUUAGCGAUUCCUUCAGUAACUGUUCCCAACACCACCUGCCACCUGCCGCGCAGCGACUCCUUCCAUUUAAUGAGAGACCCACUGACAGGAGAUUUACCGUGGCCCGGGAUGGUGUUUGGACUCACCGUUCUGGCUACUUGGGUCUGGUGCACUGAUCAGGUUAUGGUGCAGAGGUCCCUCUCAGCCAAGUCUCUUUCUCAUGCAAAGGCAGCCAGUGUGAUGGGUGGCUACAUUAAACUGCUGCCCAUGUUCUUCGUCGUCAUGCCAGGCAUGAUCAGUCGAGCACUUUUUCCUGAUGAAGUAGGUUGUGUGGAUCCAGCAGUGUGCCACAGCGUUUGUGGCGUGUCGAUUGGUUGUUCUAACAUUGCCUACCCUAAGCUGGUGGUGGCGCUGAUGCCUGUUGGUCUUCAUGGUCUGAUGCUCGCUGUGAUAUUAGCCGCCCUGAUGUCAUCUCUGACCUCCAUCUUUAACAGCAGCGCCACCCUCUUUACCCUGGAUGUGUACUACAAAGCCCGACCUCAGGCCAGUGAGAGGGAACUCAUGGUGGUUGGAAGAGUGUUCAUCGUGGUCUUGGGGUGUGUUAGUCUCUUGUGGAUUCCAAUCAUCCAAUCAGCCAACAGUGGAAAACUGUUUGACUACAUGCAAGCAGUGACCAGCUUUCUAGCUCCACCCAUUACUGCUGUGUUCCUUUUGGCUAUCUUCUGGCCACGUGCUAAUGAACAGGGUGCCUUCUGGGGUCUGAUGACUGGGCUGGUGGUUGGACUUAUCCGGAUGAUAAUUGAGUUCUCCUACACAGUCCCUUCCUGCGGACAGCCUGAUCAUCGGCCCAAUAUAUUGGUCAACGUCCACUACCUGUACUUUGCUCUCAUCUUGCUGGGGAUCACAUGUAUCAUCAUUGCUGCCGUUAGCUUGGCCACAGCCCCAAUACCUGAAGAGAAUUUGUCCAAGCUGACCUGGUGGUCCAGACACAGCAAAGAGCCAUGCAUUGACCUCAGAGGCCCCACCAUGGGUCCUGAUACUGUCAUAUCUGACCUCACCCCGGAACAUGACUCUGCACCCAAAGCCUGGUGGAAGAGAGCAGCUCUGUGGAUCUGUGGCCUGACAGGUCCCACUCCUGCAUCUUCAGCGGUUGAAGACCCUAAGCUGACCUCUUUGGAGGAAAAGCCACUUUGGAGAAGAGUGUGCAACAUUAAUGCGCUGCUGAUGCUAGUCGUUAAUGUUUCUGUGGGGAUUCUUUGCCUGAAGCGUGCAAUCGUCUCCAUAAGACACUGCCAGCUCAUCUGUUUGUCCUCAAAAAGUGGAUGUAAGAUCAUCUAGAACAGGGGUCACCAUCCCUGCUCC